UUUCACUCAGUGCUGCUGCCAGCUAGAGAGCAGACAGUUCACGCAUCCAGACAGGAAGAGACCAAGCAUUUAGCACUUCACAACAGUUUAAGGCUAGAUUGAAAGCGAUGUUCCUCUGGUGUGUUCUGGUUCUUGUGAACCUGGUUUCUGUCGCUACAGGCACCAAUGCAGGAGUUAAAGUCAGACUAACUCAGAAGGGGCUUGAGUAUGGUCGACAGAUUGGAAUUGCCUCAAUCCAGCAGAAACUCAGAACUAUUAAAGUGCCGGAUAUAAGUGGUACAGAAAAGGUGGAUCCUGUUGGAAAAGUCCAAUAUAGUUUUACAGGGAUGCAGAUUGUAAACCUGGGACUUCCCAAGUCAGCACUGGCGUUAGUUCCUGACACUGGAGUCAUCCUCUCAAUUGGCAAUGCCUACAUCAAUCUGCAUGGAAACUGGAGAGUCAAAUACCUCAGGAUCAUAAAAGACAGUGGAUCAUUUGAUCUGGCUGUGAGUGAACUGACCAUUAGCACCACUGUUGCAGUCACAAGUGAUGACACUGGCCGCCCAACAGUCAGCAUGACCAACUGUGCAGCAACUGUGGGGAGUGUCAAUGUCAAAUUUCAUGGUGGGGCCAGCUGGUUAUAUAACCUCUUCAGUUCCUUCAUUAAUAAGGCUUUACGCAAUGCUCUGCAGAAACAGAUCUGCCCUUUGGUGGCUGAUUCCAUUGCUGACAUAAACCCCCACCUGAAAACAUUAAAUGUUUUAGCCAAAGUAGAUCAAUAUGCUGAAAUUGAAUACUCCAUGGUGGGGUCUCCUGACAUUUCUAAUACUUCCAUUGACUUGGGUUUAAAGGGUGAAUUCUACAACAUUGGACAACACAAGGAACCCCCCUUUUCCCCAACACCUUUUUCAUUGCCGUCUCAGGACACAGAUAUGCUGUACAUCGGAGUAUCUGCCUUUACCAUCAACUCAGCAGGCUUUGUGUACAACAGAGCUGGUGCCCUCCGCCUCUACAUCACUGACGACAUGAUUCCCUCUGGCUCUCCAAUUCGUCUGAACACAAAGACAUUUGGAGGAUUCAUUCCUCAAAUUGAGAAAAUGUAUCCUGGUCUGAUGAUGAAGUUGUUGGUUGAGACAGUGAAGGAGCCCCUCAUGACAUUUGAACCGAACAACAUGACUGUUCAGGCCAGCAGUACAGUGACAGCUUAUGCAAUUCAGCCCAACAGCACACUAUCUCCACUCUUUGUUCUCAAUCUGGAGGCCAGUGUCAGUACUCACAUAUAUGUGACUGAGCUCAAACUGGCAGGAAACCUGACCCUUAACAAAAUUGAUAUGAGCUUAGCAAAAAGCUAUGUGGGACCAUUCCAGGUGACAUCCCUUGACAAUAUUUUCACAAUAGUCUUGAAGUUUGCUGUUAUUCCCAAGGUUAAUGCUCGUUUACAGGAAGGUUAUCCACUUCCUGCCAUUGGAAAGAUGCAGCUUGUAAACAGUCAACUCCAGGUCCUGAAGGACUACUUGUUGAUUGGAACGGAUGUUCAAUUCACAGGAUAAAUCUCACCUGAAUUGGCGAAAGAAAAUAAAUACAUAAAUAAAAUAAAGAUUUACUACUGGA